UUCAUUUCUUUUUUCGCCACCGCUUCUGUUCAUCUGCAUUUAGAAAAGAGGUGGAAAGAUCCAGAGAGGAGGGGAAUAGCGUGUGUGUGAGAGAGAGACAGAGAGAGUGAGAGAGCGAGCGAGGGAGAGCCAGUUGUAGUCGAAGGGAAGCGAGCCACGGAAGGAGCUGCGCCGCAGCGAGAUACACUCGCCACCUUUUUUUCGUGGAUCCAGAGGAAGAAAGCGCCCCGAAGCCGGCUAAUGAGUAGCCAGUCAGCCGAGAGCCCAGGUCUUUGACAAGGAGGGGCACAGAAGGAGAGAAAGAAGGUGGCACAACAAAGACAUGCAGUCAGUGAAUCCAGGUAGAAAACAAGUUUGGAAGUUGAGUUUGUGAAGUGAAGAGUCCAAAUCUGGAAAAGCAAAACAGACUCCACCCUGCCACAGAAAACCCCCUCCCCCAACCCCUUUGCCACCAUGGCUUUCACCUUAUCGGAGAUCAUGGCAGCCAGGAGGCAACAACAUGGAGGUCGAGUAGCCGUCGAUGUGGAUGAAUACAGCACCAAUCCAACUCAGGCCUUUACCUUUUAUAAUAUCAACCAGGGACGCUUUCAGCCUCCACAUGUGCACAUGGUGGAUCCUUUGCCUCACGAUGCCCCAAAACCUCCUGGAUACACUCGAUUUGUCUGUAUUUCUGACACCCACUCGAGGACUGAUACGAUUCAGAUGCCAUAUGGAGAUGUUUUCAUUCACGCCGGGGAUUUCACAGAGCUUGGCUUGCCUAGUGAAGUAAAAAAAUUUAAUGACUGGUUGGGUACUCUACCAUAUGAAUAUAAAAUAGUGAUUGCUGGAAACCACGAACUGACUUUUGACCAGGAAUUCAUGGCCGACUUGAUAAAGCAAGACUUUUAUUAUUUCCCAUCUGCAUCAAAACUGAAGUCUGAGAAUUAUGAAAACGUCCAAUCCCUUCUCACAAAUUGCAUAUACCUGCAGGACUCAGAAGUGACAGUGAGAGGGUUCAGGAUAUAUGGCUCCCCAUGGCAGCCCUGGUAUAACGGCUGGGGCUUUAAUCUCCCGCGAGGUCAGGCACUGCUGGACAAGUGGAACUUAAUCCCUGAUGGCACAGAUGUGCUUAUCACACAUGGGCCUCCUCUUGGAUUCUUGGAUUGGGUUCCAAAGCAGAUGCAAAGGGCAGGAUGCAUGGAGCUUCUCAACACCGUGCAGAGACGGGUGCAACCGAAACUUCAUGUGUUUGGGCACAUUCAUGAAGGCUAUGGUGUGAUGACUGAUGGAGGCACAAUUUACGUCAAUGCGUCUGCCUGUACAGUGAAUUUUCAGCCUAUGAACCCACCAAUUGUAAUCGAUUUACCGACUCCUAGGAGCACAUGAUUGUAAAAGCCUAAACACCUAUUUUUACAAAACCUGAACAGUGGACACCCUGUACAUAGACACGCAAGGCUUUCCUUUCACUUUAUGAGGUUUGCGUCAAUUCACUAAGAACUUAUUAAAGAGCCCUCAUCGUGAGCUAUUCAGCUGUUCCGCAUGAGCUCAGCCUGACAGCGAAAGAGGCCAGAAGCAAGACUUUUUUUACAUGAAGUCUUAUACUGAUUUCUUUUCUUUUUUCUUCUUUUCUUUUUUGGUAUUUCUCUUUGCUACUAUUAUAUACCUUUUCAGCAGCCUUUUUCAAUUGCAAGAGAUUUUCCCAAGUGGUUCAGUUUGUGUGUUUGCCAGCCAUUGAUCCCCUCUUCUCAUACACCUUAUUCAUUGAACUGUAAGAUAUGUGGUGCUUCUGUGUCUAACCAAUGGAUUGUAAUAUUGUUCACUAAGAUUGUUGAUUUCUCCUCUACUGUGCAUCAGCUUUUAUAAGCGCAGCCUCAACUUCUUAUUCUCUAGAAUAAAUUCUGUGUACGCUUCAAGACUUGAAUUCUCUUGUACAGUCCAUAUGAAGCUGAGCAGAAGAAGUGCUUUACUGCUCUCCAUGAGAGGCUGCCACUGGUUUUGACAGCCAAAAUUUUAAUUGCUUGUUGUUUAAAUAAUAUUGACUUAUGAAAAAAAAAAUUAAAGCAACU